GAGAGAGAGAGAGAGAGAGAGAGGAAGGGAGAAGAAGGAGGUGUCGAACCUGCUCCAUUGGGAUUCGGCUGCAGCUCAGCGCUACGUGCUAUCGGCGGGCUCGGUUCACAAAAACGAAACUGCGCUUUAAAAUGCUCUGCAUGGCUGCGAUCGGCGUCUCGUAGUUGGGUCCUCUUCGGUCAACGUUCUGCUUGGAUAAAAUCUGGACAGCGAAAAACAGGACCGGAAAGAAAGGGGAGGAUCCAUGGGGAGACUCGUCGCGCAAAACGUCCGGAUUAUCUGACUGGAGAGUUUUGGACGUUUUUGAACUGCUCUGUCCAGUUUGCAGACCGAGACGUGUGUUUUUUUUUUUUAUCAUUAUUAUUUUUUUGUUUUGUGAUUUUAUCAUUUUUAGCUGGGGUCUCUGUAGUUCUUUUUCGGAACUCCGGUCAUGGCGGACCAGGAGGAGACGUUCGCCGUCCAAAACUCCCCGGGUGGUUCGGAUUCGAGGGAAUUACAGAGCGAUAAUAAACCGGAGAAACAGAACGGAACUGCGGGCAAAUCCCCAUCGUCGCAGACAACUUACAUCCAGCAGGGAAUGGAGGGCAUAAAAGUCUACCUACACGAACGGGAACUUUGGAUGAAGUUUCACGAGGUGGGCACGGAGAUGAUCAUAACCAAAGCCGGACGGAGAAUGUUCCCCAGCUUCAAGGUGAAAGUGACCGGAUUAAACCCCAAAACCAAGUAUAUUCUCCUCAUGGACGUGGUUCCUGCGGAUGAUCAUCGAUACAAAUUUGCCGACAAUAAAUGGUCUGUGACCGGGAAGGCAGAGCCCGCUAUGCCCGGGAGGCUCUACGUCCAUCCGGACUCCCCGGCCACGGGCGCGCACUGGAUGAGGCAGCUGGUCUCCUUCCAGAAGCUGAAACUCACCAACAACCACCUGGACCCGUUCGGACACAUCAUCCUGAACUCCAUGCACAAGUACCAGCCGAGGAUCCACAUCGUGAAAGCGGAUGAAAAUAACGGCUUUGGCUCCAAAAACACGGCCUUCUGCACUCAUGUUUUCCCCGAGACAGCCUUCAUAGCGGUGACAUCUUACCAGAACCACAAGAUCACGCAGCUCAAGAUUGAGAACAACCCGUUUGCAAAAGGCUUCCGCGGAAGCGAUGACAUGGAAUUACACCGGAUGUCCAGAUUGCAAAGCACCAAAGAGUACCCGGUGGUGCCCCGCAGCACGGUGCGACAGAGAGUCGGCUCCAGCCACAGUCCGUUCAGCGGGGACGUCCAGGGCAUGGCCACGCCCGGCACCCUGAGCUCCCAGUACUCCCAGUGUGACAACGGCGUCACCAGCACCUCCCAGGACAUGCUGCCUCAGUCCGGCUCCUACCCGCUUCCACACGAGCACGGCCAAGAGUACUGCAUCAAGAGAAAAGCGGACGAUGACUGUCACUCAGGCGAGCACAGCUAUAAAAAGCCCUACCUGGAGAGCUCUUCCAGCGAGGAGGACCACUACUACCGACCCGUUGGCUACCCCCAGAGCCUCAGUCUCGCCGGCGGGCCGUACCGCAGCGAGUCCAGCCAGCGGCAGGCCUGCAUGUAUGCCAGCUCCUCGCAAGGCGCCGAGCCCGUUCCCAGCUUGGAGGACAUCAGCUGCAACACGUGGGCCAGCGUCUCUCCUUACGGCAGCUGUUCCGUCACCACCAUGCAGCCGAUGGAGAGGCUGCCCUAUCAACACUUUUCCGCUCACUUCACCUCAGGGUCUCUGGUGUCCAGACUGGGAGGAGUUGGGGGCCACGCCUCUCCACAGCUGGGCGAGGGCCACCACGCAGCUAUGUACCAGAGCUCCAUGACCCACCAGACUCUGGGCCGCCAGUGCAGUCCCGGAGCUGGGAUCCAGUCGCCGACAGCCGGCUUACAGGGAAACGAGUACCUCUAUGCGCACGGCAUACAACGCACGCUGUCGCCCCACCAGUACCACUCUGUACAUAGUGUCAGCAUCAUGCCCGAGUGGAGCGAGAACAGCUAAGAACCGAACACUUGCAGAUAUUGAAGAGGAAAAGAAAGAAAUGGACCAAGUAAAGUGAAACUGGGUCAGUUAUAUUUAUAUGUCCAAGGAGGCGUUGCUGUUAAUCAUAAUAAGAACAGUAUUUCUUUGUCGAAACAAAAAAGAAAAUUGACAUUCAUUUGGUGGAUUACUAUGAGAGGGGCUACUGAAUCAUUUAGGAAGCUGUAAGAGAAUCUGCACUUAUAAACAAGCAACAUGGAACGCAAAGGAAUAUUGGAGUGUAGCAGAAAGCCCAAGAAGCCUGCUCAGGAGCAGCGAAACGCUGACCCUCAUCAGAGCCGAAAUGUUUCAGAUGGUUGGCCAGGAGAUCCCAGGCUGUGUUUUCCUGCAGCGUUCUGUUUUUCGGAUGCCGCUGAACGUCGAUUAUAUAUUCCAAAUGUUAGUCAUCUGUCACAUUUGCCCAAGCUCUCAGUUUCUUUGACAUUUCUUUGUAGCAGACUUAAAUGGUAAAAAAAUGCUGUGAGUAGGACAAACAAAAAAGCAGAGCUUAGGUCAGUGUAGCUGCUCUUUAAAUCAGAAAAGACGGUUUUAUUUUUCACUAGGGACAUUUACAUACAUUCAAACCAAAUACCUCAUAUCAAUAAUAUUAGGUCUAUGAGACAUACCUUGUAAAUAUACCUCCUAAACACUUUCCCCAUUUCAUCAAACCAUUCCAAUGUAUUUAUCGGGGUUGUCUGAUGAUGAACAACAGCGGGUUGUGCAUAAUUGUAGGAGUGUAAUGAAAGAGAUACUUGGUUUUUAAAAAAAAAUUCAUAUAUAAAUCUGAAAAGUGUGGCGUGUGUAUUCAUUUAGCCUCUAUGGAGCUUUUGCUUUAGAUACAGCUGCAAGUCUUUUGUGAUGUGUCUCUGCCAGCUUUGAACAUCUAGACACUUUGCCUAAAUAGCUUGAUCACGAUCAAAUUAUAAGGAGGAGCAUCAAUUGUUGAAUCUGUCCCAGAUUCCCUUGAUUGAUUUAGAUUAGGACAUUCAUUUAGCAAUUAUAACCCAAUUGUAAUUUAAGACAUUAAUUCAAAGCUCUGGCUGUAAGGUUAGGGUUGCGUCGCUGGAAGGUAACCCUCUCCCCCUGUUGCAAAUCUUUGGCAACCUUUAUCUACAUUCCUGGUCAAAAUCUACAAGUAGAAAGUACCACAAAGUUGUUUUUUUUUUUAUCAAAUUAUAAAGCUUGUUUAUUAUCUUUUUAUAUAUAUUACAUGUUUGACAAUAAAGUAAAUAUGUAAUGUUUCAAUGAAAAUUGAGUAGUUACAGUGGAAACAUGAACCAUAAAUCAUCGUAGUUGCAGCAACAGCGACUAGAUAACUUUCUGGAUGUUUGUAUCCCAACGAUUUCUGUUUCAGUAAAUGAUUCAUUCAUUCAUCAGUGAAAAUCUUACCCUAAAAUUAGAAAAGUGUCCACUGGCUGCACUUUGGAUACUACUGCUCUUUUUUAUGGUUUUAUCCACUGGAUGGUGUUCGGGGGACUCGGUUUUCCACCACACCUAGCGUUUUCCGCCCAGCCUUGCGGGUGUCCCCUACACUGCCAACAGGUCUUUUCUUGUGACUUUUUUCUUCCAACUCUUCCAGAACAACUAAAUUUAAAGAGUCCAUGUGUCAUCAGAUUAACAAAACUAAGGCAUGGAUCAACUAUGGAGAAGUAGCUACAAUGGGGCCUCUUGAAUGUUCAAUGCUCUCCUUCUCCAGCUUGUUGAUUGUGAUGGACGUCCAUGGUGGGUUCGCAGUUGUGCCUUAUUCCUGAUGAUAUAAUGAAUAGUGUUUUUUUGGGAGCUGUUCAAAGCUUGGGAUACAGUUUAAGCCAGCAAGCCUGCUGUAAACCUGUCUGGUAUGCUUGGGAUUUUACUCAGGGUAUCUGUGUAGUUUAUAUAAAUUCCAGUUUUUAAAUGAAGCCAUGUAUCUCUUUCUUUCCUCUCAACAAAUAUGUUCAACUUUAUUUUUGGCUAUCCACAGAAAAAUCAGAAAAGUUUGUUGCUGCGAUGUUUCCAAACACUGAAAAGUUUAAAGGAAAUAUCCUUGAUCCUGCACAAAUUCGAGCCACGAGUGAUGGAGAACUGUUUAUUUUCAAUGUUAGGUCCCGCCCACAACUGUUUUCUCCCAUAAGAAACCCUCGACAUGCACAACACUAAAUACGUGGUUCAAGCUCGCGCACAAUCCUCCGGAGCAAACAAAGCUUCAUCGAGAAACUUUUCUUUGUUUUCUCUGACAAAACAAUGGCUGCUGCUUAGCAAAGGCACUGCACCUUGUUGUGUCAUCAGCAGAGAAAAGUCCCCAGUUUGCUGCUUGGACUCGCUCGAUCACGCAAUCAGUUAGUCGUUGCUAUUUUCAAAUUACUUCUUUUGACUCAUAAUAUUGCAUAAAAAGCAUUUUUCCUAACCAGAUACAAAUACAUUCAGGUAUAGUUCCUUUAGAGGGUGUGAGUAGUUUUGCAUGGCAUUGUACAAAUUCACCAUCAGGCUGUCAAUUAGAACUUAUUCUGUCUCAAAACUAACAGCAUCGUUACAGGUCCCAACCUCCACCAUCGUUGCUGCUUUAGCAUUCAUGCUUAGAAAAACAUGUUAAUUUCAAGCCAACCCUAUUUCAAAAGUAUUUUCUUUAGGAAAAAUACUUUUUAAUCUAAAUAAACGUUUCUUGCUCCAGUAACUAUCCAAAGUUCAGCCAUCUUAAUAUUCUAUUUGGGUGCAUUGAACAUCAGUGUCUUCAUGUUAAACUCAGAACACCAGAUCAAGCCUUGCUUGAUCGUCACCAUUUAUUGAUUGUUAAUUAAUCUAAACAGAUUGUCAGAAAUAAAUAUUCAGCUACUGAUCAAUACUUCACUAAAGGGACAAUUAAGUUUUUUUAAUCAGGUUCUGUUAAGAAAACAUAAGCAAUUCAUACCUUACCUGCAUGUAGGUAACAGCUUUGAUGUCUUUGUUUUAUAUAAAUCCAGAUUACUCAGUCUCAAAGGCUCAAGAUGACAGGGUGAGAGGGGCCAUGCAGGACCAAAGCAGACUUCAAAAGUUUCAAACAGGUCCAGACUUAGGAGUGCCAUAGCAGUUUUAGUAGAGUCAAAUUACUGUAUUAUUGUUUCAAACUGAAAAGAUGUGAACUAUUCAUCACCUUUUGACUGAACCUCACUAUAAAAUAUUUGAACCAUCCCUUAAAAGACUAUUCAAAAUAAACAUUUUAUAACAUAAUAGAAGGAUUUGGACAUCAUAUAACAUUUUGAAACAAUAUUUAGUUUUGCUUAAUGUUGAAGGUUUGAACUGGAACAAAUCGCUACCCUUUGGAUAAAAGAUGAUUUUAUUGUGUCUGGUUGGCUGACUUGUAAUCAGGUAUCAUUAUGUCAAAAUUAAUAUGCAAAGAUGCGCUGCAAAGUUAAAAGUUAACUGCAAUCACCUAAUUUCCAGCUUUGACUGGCUCGGUCCAGUGAGCAGGUAGUCUGUUACCAGUUCACUACCAGGUUGCUCUGGCAAAAUACUUUUUUCAGUGUGAAAGCUGUUCGUGUACGAUGCAGACUUACUAUUAAAUGUCAUCAGUGUGGACUUUAAAGAUGAAAUUAGCAAAAGCAUGAAGAUUGUUUUCAGCGAAAGCUCUCUUGCACACGUGGCAUAAAAUCGCCUUUGAUCCUAAUGAAAACAAUUAAUGCUAU